AUGGAAGCGGAAACCACAGUCGACUCGCUGUUGAAGGAGAUCGAUAUGGAGAUGGAGAUGCAGUCAGGCAACGAUGUCGCACAGAGUAACGGGUACUUGCUGCCAUUGCAAGAGAUAGGCGACGAGACCAUGGACAUGCUUGUACAGUACAACACUGAGAAUAACGCCAACAGCAAUGUCAAUGCCAAUGCCAAUGCUAACGCUAAUCAGUGGAAUAAAGUCGACGAUCCCCAGGAUCUACUCCCCAUGGAGAACAACUACGACGAUGACGAGGAACAAGGAGAUGAGAGCGACACAACAAACUUGUUGUCUGGUAACAAACAUUUGACUGAAGAAGAAUCCGAGCAGGUUCUCGUAGAUAGCAAAAACUUGGUUCUACCGCCUAGCUCCAGCAAGUCCAACUUAAUCAACAACUUGAAGCAAGUGGUGGAGGACGAAGUAUCUGAUUCUCAAUUGUCAAACGAUAUGGAUGAUACAAGAACAUUGAACUUCUCAGUUAAGGGCACUGAACCGCUAUUGGCCGACGAAUUGCAGGACAAGGAACCAGAUAUGAUAGAAGUCAGUACAAUCUACGAUGGCCCUGAUAUGAUUAGCAUGGCCGAUGAUUCUGAUACAGAAGAUAUAGAUCUACUAUCAAAAGCCAAAAAGCCAGUCUCACCAUCCAAGAUACCAAUUACCAAUGCACAGACUAUAAAUUAUUUCAAGGACGCUCCGGUAGAGGAUGCGAAAUUACAGACAGUACCCGAUGAUAUUCCUCUAGAGACAAAACAAACUACAGUUAGCAAUGAUAUUCUGUCAAAUGUAGAAACACUCCUACCACCAACAUUGGAACGUCCAUCUUUUGUAAUUUCCAAUUUAAAAGAAGCCUCUCAAUCAGUGGAAAAUCUAGGUUUCCCAGAUUAUGAAGAAGAUUCACAAUCGGAACAAGAAACUUCUGUUUUGCAUCAUACCCCAACAGACUUUCAUGCCCACGAAUUUGAAGUUUUUGCAACUGAGUUGCCUGAUAUCAAUGUCACCCCCUCUAUUAAACCAAUUGACAUUGAUAAUAAUUGUGAACAUGAGAAUAGGCUUGUAUCCGAGGAAGAAAGCAAAGGCGUUAUAAGCUCAGUACCUGAGAAUGAAAAUUUACCAGCGGUGAAAAGUAACCCAUCCUCAAAUUCAAUAUCAGAUAUGCUAGAAAUAAGGCAGGAAAAUAAACUAGAUGAGACAUUAAAUAUGAUUGAUCACCAACUGUCAAGCAAUAAAUCCAUUGACUCAGUAAAAACCGUCUCUGACAAUAACAUAUCAAAGUCUGCAAAUGACGGCUCAGUUGAGGACGUAGCAGAUUCCGGUAAAGAAACUUCAGACAUAGCCAGGAAUAUUGAAGAAUCGCAUAAUAGCCUAAUAAAUCUAACAUCUGGAAAUAAUUUUGACCAAAGUAUGCAUAAUGAUUUAAUUGAAGAAUCAAAUACCAGAGUAAAUGUUACAGAAUCAGAUAUAACUGCUAGUGAAGAUAGUUUUAACGGAUCUCAUGAUCAAAAUUCAAGCCUAAAUAACUUAACAAAGAAUGACAAUGGAAUUCAACAGAAUCUGGAAGAUAACCAUACCGGAAUACAGCCAGAAAUGGUUGUACCGGAGGAGGUUACUACUACGUUGCCAGAAGUUAAUAUUUUGCCUGCUUCAGAAAAUAUGCUUGAAAAUACUAGCGAGUCAGAGAUUUCAGUUCAAUUUCUGCAAAACAGAGAUAACGAAGAUAAAGUAAGCAGUGACCCUCAAUUGGAAGAGAAUAUUCGUUCAACUGAAACUGUAAUGAACACACAGGAAACCUUCGAGCCAAAGCCAGCAAAAAAGAAUCAAUAUACUGAUAGAGAGAUUGAAGUCUUAAAUUCGCAGAAAGAUAUCUCUGAAGCCACUGAUAAUUCUGCUGUUAACUCCAGGAUUAGUAGUAGUGCUUCAAAUUUCACUCCAGUACUACCACCUCUCCCCAAAUUGGAAAAGCUUUCGAUUGAUGAUCCCUUUGAUGAUGAGUUUGAAACUUCUAAUGAAUCGAUGCAAAUGAAAAAUAGUGUCAAGCCUACAGAUUAUUUAUCGAUUUGGCAUUUACAAGAACAGACAACCAAGGCUGUUUCUCCAGCGCUAAGCUCGAAUUCUCAAUUCUCUUAUAAUUCCAACUCUACUAAGUCCAGUGUAGCAUCACCAGUACCUGCUACAGCUUUCAAAUUCAAGCCAAAAAUUGUCAGUCGUAGUAAGUAUUACUACCCUGAUAAUAAUAUUCAACAGGAACAAAGCAUGGAUUUCAUAUACACUAAGCUACCUAGUAUUUUGGAUCCAAUGAGGAGAAAUACCAUUAAUUCUAAGAAGAUUAGGCAAACAGUGAUUGAUAAAAGAAAGAGUCAUCCAUCCUUUUCUGUUGACGAAGGAAACACCAUAACAGAAGUUAAUAUUGAGCCCGAGGUUAAAGUACAGCCUAUCAGUAUAGAAAAUGAUAGCUCCUCUUUAAAAGCUAAUAAUCAAGAUGAUAAUGAAUCUUGUUCAUCAGGUAGUCAGGCCUUUGUUACACCUAGCGCUACUAUGGAUAAUUUUGAUUCACAAUUCAAUGAACUGGGAACAUCUUUUGAAAAUGACUUGGAAAAUGUUCUAAAUUAUUUUGACAAAGAUAUAAAUACCAAUACUUCCUCAGAUUUAAUUGAAGAGACAACAACAAAGAAUCAAGCACUUCCAACUUCAAAAGUAUGGAGUGAAAGUGUGGAUUAUUCACUUCCAACUGGUGAAGAGCCUAAUGUUGAUCACAAUAUAAUGAAGAAACUCCUAAAUACCGAGAACUCUGAAUUAAAUGAAUGUCGCUCCGAUCAAGAGCACCAUAUCAUAGAUAAUGCAGGUUUGGGUAUCUGGAGAUCAACUGCAAAUGAUAUUGCAACUGGUAAUGUCGACAUGUUUGCUUUAAAUGGAAGAGAUAUAAGUAUCAGUAAAAGCGAAAUGACUAAUGAUAUCGAUAUGGGUAUCUUCUCUGAUAAGAAAAGCUUGGUACAUACUCCAGAAUUAUCACCUGUUAAAAGCACACAUGUUGGUAGUCCUUUUAAGGUUAUAAGUCCCAAAAAGAAUACUCAAAAAGAUUUGAAGGAUGGUACGACUGCUGAAAAGCGAGUCUCUUCUGAAUCUGAAGCUGCCCAGAUUUCGAUCAUGUCUGCCGUAGGAGAAAUUACAAAUAAAGACACUGCAGUAGUAGAUGAUGCUAGUAAUAAAGACAAUAUUGAUGCUGGUCAAGUUGGAAAUGAAGGUGAACCUAUUGUUGACAAAGGUCUUUUGUAUUUGCACUUGCAAGGUACUACCAAGCUUUCAUUGGCUGGUAUUAAUGCUCACCAUCCAAAAUAUUCUAUUGAAUUUGAUAACGGUAAAAAUGUAGUGAGAACAGAUUGGACUGAACUAGAUAGCAGAGGUACCAUUAGUUUGAAUAAAGAAUUUGAAAUACCAAUCGAUCAAUCUAUUAAUAAGCUGAUAAUUACAUUGAUGAUCAAGUAUACUAGAUUAACCAAUGAACUUGUUGAAGUGACCAAGAGAAUACCAAUCGGUAAAAAAUUUCCAUUUGGUAAAAUGAAAUACAGGACAGAAACCCAAUUUGUUGAGAGAAGUACUGUCAAGGAUGAAUGGGAUUAUCUAUUUGCUCGUGAUGGUUCAUUUGGUAGAUGUGAAAUUCUGUUGGAUGAGUCACUCUUUGAAAAGAUUAGAUUCAAAGAGCAAGACUUAUCGUUUGAUCUAUUGAACAAAUGGUCCCGUUUACAGAACAACAGUUCAAGUAAAGUUACUCAAGAAGCAUUGUAUGAUCUACCACGUAGACCUGCAUACAAAGUUGGAUCCUUGAAAGUAAAGGGAUGUUUCCUUGAGAGAGUUUCAAAUGAUGAAAAGUUUCCAGUGUCAUUGAAGAAAGCAAAAAGCAUUGUUGAAAAAUAUAGAUCUCAACAGGACAUAACCAAGGAAGGAUAUCUGUUGCAAGAAGGAGGAGAUUUGAGCUCGCAAAUGAAAAAUAGAUUUUUCAAAUUAAAUGGUGUAGAGUUGGUUGGUUAUCAUGAAGUCAGCAUGAAACCAAAGAUAAGAAUUAACAUGCUUAAAGUAGUGAAGGUCAUAGGGAAGGAUGAUGUUGUGACUGGUAAGGACAACGUAAGAAACUUUACCACAUGGGUUCUGAUGAAUGAUUGUUUUCAACUGGUAUUUGAUGAUGGUGAGGUAAUCACAUUUAGUGAUGAGUCUUCUCUAGCAGAUGAACAAAGCUGGUAUAUGAAACUGAAAGAGGUUGUUGAAUUGAAUGCUUUCCAUCAACCUUGGGUCAAAAGAUUUUCAGAGAACAUGAUAAUUAAUGAUAUUUGA